CCUCUGAUCUAGUGCAGUGAGCUAAGUUGGUAAUCGAUGGAGACCCCACAACAGACAGGAUGAGGAGCCAAUGUAGGGAGGCUUGCCUUGGAGGGGAGGCAUCUUUUCCUCUGAUGGUGGUAUAAUCGCAGGAAUGAAAAGAUUAAGAAGGGGCAUAUCGGGCAGCAAUCUUGCUCUUGCCGCGUGCUGGUGUUGGAGGACCCUCCCUGCUUCAGAUUUACCAACAGCAUGAAUCAAGAAAAGUUAGCCAAACUUCAGGCUCAGGUCCGGAUAGGGGGCAAGGGUACAGCUUGCAGAAAGAAGAAGGUGGUACAUAGAACAGCCACAGCUGAUGACAAAGAGCUUCAGAGUUCUCUAAAAAAACUGGCUAUGAAUAAUAUAGCUGGUACUGAAGAGGUGAACAUGAUUAAAGAUGAUGGGACAGUUAUUCAUUUCAAUAAUCCCAAAGUCCAAGCUUUCCUUUCUGCUAACACCUUUGCAAUUACUAGUCAUGCGGAAGCCAAAUCAAUCACAGAAAUGCUUCCUGGAAUAUUAAGUCAGCUUGGUGCUGACAGUUUAACAAGCCUUAGGAAGUUAGCUGAACAGUUCCCACGGCAAGUCUUGGACAGUAAAGCACCAAAACCAGAAGACAUUGAUGAGGAGGAUGAUGAUGUUCCCGAUCUUAUAGAAAAUUCUGAUGAGGCAUCAAAGAAUGAAGCUAACUAAAAGUUUGGUUUUUGGAAGCUGGCAAUGGACUAGAUUUAACAAAUCAGCUAUGUGGUUCCAAAGUUUUACAGACACAGAGAACAUCACCUGUUACUAGUUCACUAAUAUAAAUAUUUUGUAUAUUAAUAAUGCUGUUUGUUCAGCAUUUUUCGGUCAUUUGAUUUUGCAUUUUGCCUUCCUCCCAGGAUAUUUUUUUGGUCAAAAUAUGAAGUACUGGUGCAGUUUGAGAGUGUUUUGGGUUUUGAUUCCUGGUUUGUUUUUUGUUUGGGGUAUUUUUUGGUGUAUGUUUGCUUAUGUAUGUGUGUGGGUAUGUGUAUAUACAGUGGAGAGCAAAUUGGAAAACAGUUCUAUUUAUCCUCCUCCCUCACCAGUAGAAAUAAAAAAAAUCUUUA